UGCUACCAGCCAGGCCGGUCUGAUCUACUGGGUUUGAACCCACAACCAUCUGUGGGGUCAGAGGUCAGACUGGUUACUGGCAGGAAAGGUCCUACGUCCUAGAACAACGAGCCAAACUUGAGCUGGAACUGUUGGUGGUUUUUCUCCAUCCGUGUUUCCAAAUGCGGAUAGCUUGUCUACUAGGCUAGCAGCACAGCUGUAGAAUACACUAUUCCCACUGGACCAGAAGAGACUGGAUUUUUCCGGUUCCAGCAACAAAAAUCCGUCCCACAGACCAAAGAAACUAAAACUGAACUCAUCACCUGCUCUGGAGCAGCCUGUUACCAUGGCAACCCUCCACCACGGGUUCAGAGACAAAACUGGACAAUUAUCCUCCAGACCUCAAGAAUCAGAUAGAAACACCAAAGCAAGCUUCAUCAAUCUGGGAGGGGUCAAAGGUCAACGAUUCAGUGCAAAACAUUAAAGACGUUUACCCAGAUGUCAGAGGUCACUUCUCAGAAAAAUGACCUGUUAUAAUCAACAACCUCAGGCUUUCCAGGGGUCGGCAGGUUAAAGGUCGUGACCUGACGAUCUAAACACCAAAUGUUGCCGCUUUCACCGAAGUUCAUGAUUGUUCUGAUGUUCUUUAUUCCUGCAGCUCAGAUCCAAUAUGUCGUUUCUCUGAUUUCUUCUACUAAACCAAACAGAAAAGCACAAAAACGAUCCGAUAAACGGGCCGAUUUUAACCUGAGAUCCGAGUUUUCGGUGUUUGUGACUCGGAUCAGAAUAAAAACCCGAACCUGGUAAAAAUAAAACAAUAGAAGUGAGUUAAUGAGCUGCCAUCCACCCUGCUAGGGUGACUCAUCCAUCACCUCCCCUCCUCCUGCUGACUCUAGAGAACAGAGCAAAGACUGCAGCGCCCCCUACAGGUCAACACCCACCACUGCAGAAACAAACGGUCCGGUCUGCAUCCAGACGUGGAAAACUCUAACGUGCAUGCACACACGAGCAGAUGCACAUACACACGUGCACAGGAGCUGGGGAGGGGCCCUAAACAAAAUAAUUACAACUACUAAAAAAAUCUACAAAACUUAGAAUUUUAAGAUUUAUAAAUAAGAAUAAAAAGUAACUAAAUAAAAAUAGUUAAAAAUGCCUUUUCCCUGUUUUGUUGAACAUUUUUGUCACGUUUAAAAUCUCUUAGGAACUCCUGCAUCCUGUUGAAGUCGAGUUUUUAUUCAUUUAUCUGGCUUUUACAGCAGAUUUGAUCUGAGAGCGUCUGAACCUCGAUUCUAAUAAAUCCUAAACUUUGUGUUUUCUCAAAUAUCUGUUAGUGAUGAGCAGCGACUUUUCCCCGAGGUCCAGUGACCAAAGCCACCAGGCGAAAGGUCAAAGGUGACAGAUCAUCUGCUGCUGAAAAAUCACGUCAGCAGAAAGAUUUAGAUUAUUUAUCAGCGGGAUCCCGGAGAGCCUUGUGUUGGUUCAAAUUUUAUAAAAUAACAAUUUGGUUUUUAACAUUAGAGAAAAUACUGCGAUGGACUGCUCUCUGUCCACGUGGACAAAGGGUUCAGCUGAUGGAUGGAUGGACAUAGAGAAACUAAAAACCUGGUAAAUCUUCUGAAGUUAUUCUCUAGUGUCUUUAAUUAAAAACUUAAUUAAAUAUAAUUUUAAAUUACAUCUGUUAAGAUUUUCUAUCCAGAUGUUUUUUAACUGUUUUUAUUAAUUAAAAAUUUUAACUUGCGUCAAACUGCGUCUCAGGACGUUUCACGCUCUUCUCACGUGGACUUUAUGAACUCUGUCAGAUGCGCCACUGCAGCGCCGCCUGCCGGCCGCUUGCUGCACGCCACCAUUGUGUUACAGGUCGUGUUUAAACCCUCCACCGGGCCCGAACGGCUCCUUAUCGGGUCAAAAACAAACAUCAGGGAGCGGAGGAGCAGCAAGGAGGAGGAGAAGGAGGAGGAGGAGGAGUCCUAUAAAGGCCAGGCGCCGCACAUGUGGGGCCGCAGUGACAGCAGCGUCCCUCUGAGGGAUACUUUCUCAUAUCUGAAGGAAUUAUUCUUCUCAUCUCUUCUGUUUCAUGAAAAGCUUCCAAAUGGAUUUUAGACUUUGGAUUUCCGUGAUUUCUGUGACUUUUUCCUGGAUUUUCUGCUCAGUUCUGUCCGCGCCUGCUGCAGAAACUAGCGCAGUCAGUGCGCAGCGUCAUGUGCGCAACAAGCGCUGCUCGUGCGCUAAUUUCCUGGACAAGGAGUGCGUGUAUUUCUGCCACCUGGACAUCAUCUGGGUCAACACACCUGAGCGCGUGGUCUCUUACGGACUGGGGUACGCGCCCAGAGCCAAGCGCGCGGUCCUGGACUCUCCGGGGACCGGCGGGGGCUCUCGGUGUCGGUGUAUCCGAGAAAACGACCAGAGCUGCACAAACUUCUGCUUCAGGUUGGAGCUGGCAGCGGACGCGCGGAUGAGCCCCACGCGGGACGACAAACACGCGCACAGACGCAACACGGGAGCGACAGAAAGAAGUGAGACCGUAAACAACCACCAGGCGUGGCCCCGGGCGGCGCUCAGAACCCGAACACUGCUGGAGAAGUGGGCGGUGAGGCGGCACCACAGGGCCAGGCCGUGGAAGGGCGAGAGCACGGCGUCCUAAACGGAACCUUCGUUGGAUAGAGGGGGCGGGCCCACGGCUGCAGGACCACCCCCUCAUUGGGAGGGGGACAAGCUGCUGCUGAGGCUGGACACUCCGACGGAAGCAGGACGCGGAUGUUUUCAGGACUCUGAAACAUUUCAAACGAACUGGAGGAAGACGCGACGAGGAAGUGCUGCUGGAGGUUUUCUCAGACGUGACUGAAACACGCCUGCAGCUGUUUUUACCCAAGGGCUUAUUUAUGUUUUUAUUUAUUUAUUCUCCCGAGGAGACCAUGUUGGUCCGGCGUGUGCUCGCUUCAUCAUUUCUGUGAAAUGUGUGUUUGUUUGUUUUUUAACUUUGGCGCCAAAUUUUGGCAAAAUUCUAAUAAAUUUCUAUUCAUUAUUUAACAAA